AGCGCCUCUGCGUACCCAGCGUGCUCUCGCCACAUAACAGCAUCCCCGUCCGACCAGACGCUCCACACACACACACACACACACAGACACGCGACAGCAGAGACAUGGACGCUCUGAGAAGAAGGGAAUAAAACUAGAGCACGAGGGAGCAAGAGGACACGCUGGACUGAAUGGGGAAGAAAGAAGAAGAAGAGGUUGAAGGAGUAAAGAAGAUAAGAGAGAAAGUGACGGUGCGCUAGAGGACCGUAAACAGGUGCAUCGAGGCGGAGAAUGGGCAAUUCCUCCUUCCCAGGUAGAGAGAAGAGAAAGGGUCCCAUGAUCUCUGCCGGUGAUGCCGAGUUCCCGCGGGAUUACCACACCCUGGCUGCCAGCGGCGGCCGCGGGGCCCGGCGGUUCCUCGACAACACCAACGGGGGGUUCACGUCAUCGUCGCUGGACCGCCGGCACAACUCGGUGGCCGCUAAGAGCCUGGAGGCCUUGAACAGCAUCCACAAGGCGGACAUCGAAAGGCAGAGGGACGCCCUCAUGGACCUCCAGAAAAACAAGUACUCCAACAGCCCCGGCGGCAUGUCGCAGGGCUCCGCUGCAGCCGGACGGCAGCAACAACCAAACUACUGGAGCUUCAAGACUCGGACUCCCCGUGUGACGCGACUCAGCCCGACACAGCCGGCUCUUGCUGACCAGGCCAGCAGGGUUUCCUUCGCGUCAGCCGAAAAUUUGGAGACCAUGUCCGAGCCUGACAUCCCCAUCGGCUUUAACCGGAUGAACCGGCUUCGCCAGAGCCUGCCGCUGGCCCGCUCGUCCAGCCAGGCCAAGCUGAGGGCGCCAGGGAUCUUGUUCCUCCAGCUUGGGGAGGAGACUCGCCGGGUGCACCUGACCCACGAGCUGACCAGCCUGGACACUCUGAGGGCCCUCAUUGUGCACAUGUUCCCUCAGAGGCUCACCAUGGCUAUGCUCAGGUCACCCAGCACGGCUCUGCUAAUCAAAGAUGAGACCCGCAACGUAUUCUAUGAGCUGGAGGACCCGCGAGACGUUCAGGACCGCUGCGUGAUUAAGAUUUACUGCAAAGAGCCCAUCUAUGGAACCUACCCCGGACACCACAACCCACACCUGGCUAACGGAGACCUGCGAAGGGAGAUGGUGUAUGCGCCUCAGGACUCUCCCCCCAACCGCCGCCUGAGCAACCCGCCCAUGUCUUCCCAGCAUUCAUCCUCCUCCGCCUCACCCCCCCACGGCUCGCCGACACGCGCCCGCCUGCUUUACAGCGGCGGCAGGCCUUCGUCCUACGCCGGGCCGGCCCACCACACCCACUCCCUGCCUCACCCGCACUCCCAGUCCCACCACUCCUCUCCCCAGCAGCAUCCGCAGCUCCACCAGCCCCACCACAACCAGCCGGCCUUCUGCGCCUCCUCCAGCGCCAUCCUGGAACGCAGAGACGUGAAGCCCGAUGAUGAGGUGGGGGGAUCCAGAACCGUGGUGCUGCUGCGGGGAGAUGAUCGCGGCGGAGGUGGGAUCUACGCCGACCCCUACUCUCUGGGCCCGGAAACAAGUCGGCUGAGCCUUGCGGGGGGGCCUCACUCUCCUCUGCCAGCCAGAGCCGACCCCUACGGCUCCUUAUACCGCCGUGGGGGAGGAGGGGGAGGAGGAGGAGGUGCUGGAUCAGUGCGGUCGCUCACCUCCUAUUCUGCUGCCGCUUUGCAAGGAGAGCUGAUGGAAAGUGGCGCUCUGUACAGACCGGGAGGGCCCCUUUAUAACGAUGCCUACGCUGCGUCUGUGUUGGCCAUGGGCCUGCGAGUCCCACCGCCGUCGUCCCCGCAGAAGAUACCUGACGUAAGGGAUCCCUAUGGAGGCACCAUGCCAAACAGGGGAUCCCCUGGGAGACAGAAUUUGCGCAGGGACUCCGUGACCUCCUCUGUGUUUGGGGACAGUCCCAAAGCCCGGGGACAGGGCCCAGCGCUGGGGCUCACCUCAGAGCAGCUCUGCCUGAUGGCCGGGCCUGGAGGGGAGGGAGGGAGCGCUGGAGGCUUCGGCUCUCCUCUGCUGGGCAAUGAGACGGAGACCAGGGAGCGUAUGGAGGCCAUGGAGAAGCAGAUAGCCAGCCUGACCGGGUUGCUGCAGAGAGUCCUGAGCAGAGCACCGGAGGCAGAAAGCCCGGAGAAGAUUGAGUCAGCCAGUGACUGCUCAGGAACUGACACUGGACGAACUAAAAAAAACAAAGCUCUGACACCAUCUGCUCCUCUGGCCCUGAUGCCACCUCCACCCUCGGGGCCUAACCAGCCAGUGGCGGUGUCACGGUUGCAGAUGCAGCUCCACCUGCAGGGCCUGCAGCAGAACACCAACGCCCUGCGCAAGCAGCUGUCGCAGCUGCGCAACAUGCAGCUGGAGAACCAGGACUCUGUCCUCUCCCUGCUGAGACAGACGGAGUCCGAGCUCAGCCUCAUGAUGCUGGAUGCCAUGCGCACGCAGGAGGACCCGCUCCAGAGACAGCGCCUCCUGGUGGAGGAGGAGAGACUCAAGUACCUCAACCAGGAGGAGCUGCUCAUCCAGCAGCUGCACGACCUGGAGAAAUCUGUGGAGGAGCUGCAGAGGAACUCAUCGGUCAAUCACGGCCUGGUGACAGAGCAGGACGUGGAGCAGAAGAGCAAAGAGCUGAGGAUGCUGGGAGAGACGCUGACUGAGCUCAAAAACCAGUUCCCCAGUCUCCAGAGUAAGAUGCGGGUGGUGCUGAGGGUGGAGGUGGAAGCUGUCAAGUUCCUGAAAGAGGAGCCUCACCGCUUGGACGCUCUGCUGAAGCGGUGCAACACAAUGACCGAUGCACUCAGCACGCUGCGCAGUUUCUUGUAUCCCCCCUGUAUGUACAGACAAGUCACUGAGGGGGUGUGGAAGGGCCCCGACGACCUCUCCAGCCAGACGGCCUCGAAGAGAUCCGAGGACCUGGGCCGCACCUCCGACCUGGACAUCCUCAACAGUCCUCCUCUCAGCCUCACCGACCUGAGCACCAGCGCCGGUCUGGCCAACUGGAUGCCCGACGCCUCGGGCCCCGAGCAGGACGUCCAGCCCUCGUUGACCUUCAGAAACAGAGUCCUCGAUGAGCUGCCCAGUCGGCGUCCUGCCGAUAAGUCGGUGUCAGCUGAAGUCCGACUGGCGGCAGAGCGGGACUGGGAGGAGAAGCGUGCCAGCUUGACCCAGUUCAGCGCCCAGGACAUCAAUCGCCUGCUGGAAGAGACCCAGGCUGAGCUGAUGAAGGCCAUCCCAGACCUUGACUUCGCUGCCAGGCACAUAAACAAGCCAGCAGUGCCCCCCAAGCCCCAGAUCACCAUCCCAAUAACUUCCACAACAGCUACUUCUUCCUCUACAGUCGGGACCACUGGGACGGCGGCCACCUGCACCACCAGCGCCGCAACAACAACCAACACAGCCGGCGCAGACCAGCAGCCUGGCAAGGUGCAGCUAGCUGCCCAGAAGCUGAACAACAUGGAGGGGGGCGGUUCACACAGAGGCUCGGUGGACCUCAGUGUAGCCAGGUACCGAACGGAAAAGCCCUCCAAGUCUCCGCCUCCGCCUCCACCUCGACGGAGCUUCCCGUCGGCACACGGCCUCACCACCAACCGCACUGGAGAAGUAGUGGUCACCACCAAGAGCCUGAAGACAGAAGAAGACAGUGACAUGCCUAAAACGCUCGUGAAGCUGAGGCGGACCCCGUCUGACACCCCCCGACCGGCCUCUACCCCCCCUGUGAUCGCAGCCUCGGCCGUUCAAGACGAGGACGACGAAGAGAAGAUCAUCGCUGAGCUCGAGAUAUUUCAGAGAACGCCUGUAAAAGAUUCCCCUUGUAAUAAACGCUACAGCGCUCUACCAAAGGCCGGGCCCGCCUGCAUCUUUGGCUCCCUGGGCAGAAAGAACAGCAGUAACUCUCCGGGGCCGACGAAGGGCCCCACCGUCGCAGCCCGUCUCAAACACCUUCAACAGGGCAGCCUGGAGAGGCCCAAGUCCCGCAAGCAGAAAGAUGAUUUCCCCAAAGUCCAGGGCCAGCAGCAGGUAUUCCACUUCUAAAACCUCCUCCACCUCAAAGGACGCUCUCCCUCCUGCGACUCCGGAUGAGAGAUGAGAGAAACUGUGUAGGCCCUACCAGCAGACACACUAAAACCAGAGAGGGGGACUGCAGAUUUUUAGCAGUUCUUGCCGUGCGUUUUGACAUUUGAGUUCCUGGAUCUAGCCUAGCUUGCUUAGAGAUUUUUGUCGUACAAGUCUGUUGAUGUUUUGAUUUUCAGAGGAAGGUCUUUGGUGGUGCUUGUGACUGAUCAGAUUUAGUAUUACAAUAGUCAACAUAUAUAUAUAUAUAUAUCUAAAAAAAAACUUUAAUAAUGCCACGGAAUGAUUUCAUAUCUGAUAUUUCACCCUGUUCCAGCCAUGUGUCCUCCCCUCAUCUCUGCAUCCAGUGACUCCUACUCACCGCUCUUCUUCUGCUCUUUAUUCUCCUAUCGUUUCCUUAUUUCUUCCACUUAUCUUUUCUUCCUUGCCUUCCUUUAUUUCCUAUCUUCUUCUUCUCUUGUUUCCUCUUUCCCUGUCCUCAACGGCCCCAUCAGCCAAUCAGAUCGAGGCACCGGUUAGCGAUAGAGGGAGGGAUCAGGGUCUGACUCAGAAAUCACAACCAGAUGAAAGAUUUAACUUAAAAGUCAUUUGUCUGUUUGUAAUUUUUCAUUUGUGUCUUUUUUUUCUUUUCUCUUUCACUGCUUCAAUGUUUUUCUUCCUUUGCUCCUAAAUCUUUAUUUUCUGGAGCAGCGCUGAGCUUCAUCAUCAGUUUUGCUGACGUUUCCCCCCUGGCUGCCGCUGCUGCUUCUUUUUCUUCUCCUCAUGGUUUUGGUCCGUGAGCCGUCUUUCUGUUCUCCUCCCUCUCUCCUCGCCUCGCUUUUGCCUCUUUUCAUUCUGUCUGUUUCUCAGGUCUCAGCCGGACUAAUGAGGAGUUCUGGGAUCAUUCUGGGUUUGGACUUCUUAUUCCUAGUUCAGACCUGCGAAGGUGUGAGGUUGUAUCUUCCUAAAUGAUCACACUAAGGAUCCAAACGGGAGCAAUAACACAGCAGUAGUCUGAUGAAAUUAUUUAAAAAAAAACGUCUUCUCGGCUCUGGACCUGCAUCAUGACGCAGUGUGGGGACCUUUAACUUUUUAGAUGUUGUAAAUUUUCAUCUUACACCAUAACUAACAGCCAAAAGGAACCUGUGUCCCAAUGCCACAUGAAAUCAAAUGCAAAAUAAUCUAUAUGGACAUACCUAGCCUUUUGAACAGAUACAGAUCACAGACACAGCAGCUGAAUCCAUGUUAAACUCUGCAUUACUAUCAAGUAUUGAUAUAUUUUUGGAGGAUUUAUGACAGAUUAAGCCUUUAGCGGAGGUAUCCUUACUUUUGUUAAAUAUUCUACUGUAAAUAUGGGAGAGAUCAUUAUAUGGAUUUUCCGAUUUUCCAAAACUUGCAAGAUCAUGCAACAAGAUCUUUAGAGCCAAAACAUGACAGGAGAAACAACUCCGUCAGGACCGAAUGACGACAGAGGAGAGCUGGACAAAGGCAAACACAUGAAAGAUGUUAAACAAAAGGAUCAAAUGUUUGGAGCAAAGGACAAAAAUGGUUUUAGUUUUAAGUAAAAUCAGUCAGAAAUUGAACGAUUUCUAAAUGGAUCGAUCAAGAUCGAAUCAAAUCAGGAAACCAGUUGCGGGCACCCAACCCUAACGCUCUUCCUUAAAAUCAGAAGCAAAUUGUGAAUGAGUAUUUGUAAAACUUCAUGCGAGCUCAGACGACAGGAAUUUUAAAAUCCUAUACGGUUUUGUAAUCAGGCUACAUCAAACACAAGGAGAAUCUGGACAUGUAUUAUUUUUUUCUCAAAUCUGCACACGCUACAAGAUUUGAAGGAAGCUUCUGAUUGGCAUGCCGGAUCAGGGAUCACUGAAUGCUCCAAGAUGACUUGAUCCACACUCCAGACCAGCAGGUGGCGGUAAUGAACCCAGUUUGCCCAGUGCCUACGACCCAUCAUACUGGUCUAGGUUUAAUGAAGAUAAAGGUUCUUAAAAUAUUGAUAACUCAUUGAAUAUGAGCACACUUAUAAAACAAAUAAAACAAAUGCUACAAAUAAAACAAGGAGGAACAGUAGGAGACAGUGACAAUGACAGAACAACUGCAUGUGACAAUUCCUGCGUUUUUGCUGGAAUCAGUGCUUGUAAAAGUCAAACUCAUUAUAAUAAGCAUUUACACAUCACACGUACUAUUAAUAUUUAUUUUGGUCUCUAACAAACAAUUACAUUGAUUAGUUGACAUAUAUUGGAAACAUUUCUCAAACGAAAAUGUCACAUCCUGUUUUUAUAGCAUCACAUAGCUAAAUCUAAACUUGUCAGAAAAAUGGACACUUGAACACAAAAAAAUAGUAAUUAUAUUAAAUACCUAAAACAGAAGAAAUCACAUUUUGCUCAAAUUUUUUUUUAUUUGAGUCCCAUCCACCAACAAGGAGGAGCUUAUGACCUAUACUGCAGCCAGUCACCAGGGGGAGCUCUACUUGCUUUCACUGCACUUUUUGAGGAGCUGUCAUGGUGCCCACUUUUGCUGCAGUUCAGUUGUACUAGAAGACAGGUUAGACCAAACAAACCAGAAGAAGGAGAAUGUGGGCAAGAAAAUGCUUGGGGAUUUUCAGUACCAUCACUUCCUUCAUGUCCUUUUGCUUUUUUACACCAGUUAAUGUGAAACCAGAGUCCUGUGGUCUGAGUCCAUCUUCACAGCUUCAAACCAGCUAAUUAUUAGGAAUGAGCUAGAACAUAAACGUAAAAUAAAAUCAUGUCACACUGUUGCAGAUUUGAAGUGCGCAUUUGGGACACAGUCAACAUCUUACUUUCAUUUUGUCUCCAACAUGUAUACAUUUUUAAGAGUUAACCCCUUCAGAAAUGAAUUAGUAGCUAAAAAUUUUCUUGAAUUACUCAAAUGCAGAAAUAUAGAAACACAGAGUUGAGAUCAAACGUUUGUUUCUGGUGUGAAACGAAUCCAAAAAGACAAGAUAAAUAAUCCUGCACACUGUGUGACAGGGUGCUGGAGGGGAAAUCCGGCACCAGUUUAUUUAUACCAGUGGCAGGAUUAAAUUACAGGCACAUGUUUGAGUAUACGGUUGAUACGUUUAUAGAAUGUAUUCGUAGUCUCUGAAAUAGCAUUAAAAGCUAGCACAGAAAUAGAAACCUGCCUAAACCUCUUCACUGAUAUAGUGUAUGUAUAUUAUAUGACCAUUUAGUUUUGCUUUCAAACAGAGAACGUGUAAAAAAGAAAAGUGUCAUCUAUGUUUUAUAUGAUCAAGUUUUUUUUUGUAUUUUUAUACUUGAGGAGGAUUCACAAGCAUGUAACACAUUUAUUCUGUAAAUUAUUAUUUUUCAGCAUUGAAAGAUUUUUUUUAUUAUUAUUAUUAUUAUUAUUUUUCCGCUACCCAUGACCAUGACCACACUUUGUUGUAGAGAGGUUCUGCAGACGGUCGUGAACGGGUUUGGGUUGGGUGGGGUUGGGUGGGUUGGGGGUAAAACGCCACAACAUUUAUAAAAAGAAAAAGCACAUCACCUCUCUGACAGGACGCCCCAUUUUGUAGCUGUUCUCUUCUAUUAUAACAAUGUGUGUACACUUCACAAACUGUUUAUCGAUGGUUACUUGAUGAGUGUGUGAUUGUUCAAACCAUUUGUGGAUGUGCGAAUCAUGUAUAUAAACCCAAAUAGUAUAUUAACAAAUGGAUUUUAUGUAAAAUUUUUAUAGAGGGAGAAAAUAAUUAUGACUCCAAAAAGGCAUGCAUACUGUAUACAUUCCUGGAAAUCUGCACGCUGGAUCAACAGAGGUCUCAUCUUCUUGUCAAUAAUUCUUGUGUAUACGUGUGUGUGUGAGUGUAUGAUAGAGGUAACAAAGUGUACAGUAACAUAGAUUUUUGUAUUAUGUUCAGAAUGGGUAGGUAAAUCCCCUUUUACUGUCAGAAUAAAGGAAAAAAAAAGUACUAUUAUAACUGUGGAGAAAGGUAUUUGAAUGAUAUCGUAUAUCAUCUCGUUCCUCCGGUCUGAGAGUGAUGCUUGCUCUGUGGGUAAGUGUUUGUGAAUCGUGAAGAAGAAUGACAACUACUACUACAAAGUCAGUAUAACUUAAAGACCAACUAAACAGUGCAAAACACGGCGCAACUUUGUGUAUGGAAAAAGUUGCCGCUUUGUGUGAGAAAAAUCAACCAAACGAAAAGGUUGCUGCUUUUUGUACAUUCCUGUUGUGUUUUUGUGACAAUAAAGGUGACCCUCUUAUACAA